AUGGACCUCUCUGCACUCCUGACUGCCUUGGCGGCUGCACAGCAGCAAAAUGCUCCGGCGGCACCGCCGCCCGCUGCUGGGCCGGUGGCUGCUCCGGCGGGAUCACAGAAUCCCCUGACGAUGAUGCUGAUGCAGGGUUUGCUGCAGCAGGUGCAGCAAGCAGCAGUGGGGACUUCGGUGGCUCCUGCGAUCUCGGCGGCUCCUCCGGCAUCUGCCGCAGCUGAAGCUCCUGUUGCAGGUGCAGACGUGCAGAAGCUGGUGGCCGAGGCAGUCAAAGUCGAGAUGGAGAAGCGAGGCCGCCCGCAUGGGUCGCUGGCCAGAGAUGAGAAGUUUCAGAAGAAGCCGGUGGCGACGCCAAGGCCAAAGGUCCCGGCUGCGAAAGAGGAGGCUCAGGAGAUGGCCGAUGCAACAAGAGAGCCGGGGAGGGCUUAUAUGGUUCCGACGCCGAAGAUCCCUCCCAAGCCUGCCAAGCCGAUGCAGGAGGAGCAGGGCGAGCAGAGCAGUGGGAGCAAGCAAAAGCCACGGAACUUGCACUACUGUACGCCGGCUAACCAGAAUCCGCCCAACAAGGCCAGGAGUGGCGACGGCAAGCUUCUUCGCAUCGCCUCAAUGGACUGGGGAGAUGAGGGCACCGAGGUCUUGGAGUUCUACGCCAGGAUCGUUCCCAGGUCCGAGAGUGCUUUCGCCAAGGAAAGGAAGCACAAGGCUGCCAAGGCCGACACGGAGCCGAAAGAGGAGGAGCCGACAGAGGCCGAGGCCCCGCAGACGGAGCCGAAAGAGGAGGAGCCGGAUUUUCCGCUGGAGGAAGAGGAGCCUCCGCCGCCUCCACCACCACCUCCGCUGCACGAGCAUCCGGACUACAAGGGCCGAGAGGCCGACGCCGAUGUCCUGGCCCUGCAGCACAACGACAACCUGUCUCCUGGCAAAUCCCGUCGAAAGAGAAGGCACGGCAGAAAAACGACGCCAUCCAAGGCCAAGGCCAAGCAGUGCAAGAGGGAGUUCUUGAGUCCCCCAGUGCCCAAGCGAUUGAAGUUUCAGCCUGAGUCUGAGGAGGAAGGCUCAGAUCAGGAACCGGACCCGGAGGCUCCCGAAACCUCCAAGGGCUCGGACGACGAUGGGGAGGACAAGCCAGUCCCCGGAUCGGAUGACGAGGACGUCUUCAAGGGCAAGUUUGGUCUCAAGGAGACCCCCAAGUAUUUGCCGACAUGCUCCACCAAGUCCGAGAAGAAGACGCCCCUCCCUUCUUCGAAGAAAUGCCCUCGCAUUUCCGACAGUGUCAUGGAUGCGAUCCCGGACUCGGUCCAAGGGACCCUUGCCUUAAAUUGUGAGCCUGCGAUUCCAAGCAGGGUUGCUGCACUGCUUCCAGAAGCUUCAGUGUCAAGUCUUGUCGUGAUGCUCCUUAGCCAAUCUCAUUUCUUGUCCUGCAUCAGGAGCGAUCGCAAGCACUGGGCGGACAUUUUGAAGCAGGAGAGACUCUUCACGUUGGAGGAUGUCAUGGACAAUGUUGCCGAGCUGGACGGAACUCCAGCCUGCAAUUACACGCUUUUGUCGUUGUCGUUGUGUGUCUGUCUGCCGUGGCAAGCCUAG